AUGUCGACUCAAAAAGCAAUUGAAAUCACUGGGCCUCAAGAGGCCAAAGUCGUGACAAACCGCCGCCUCCCUGAGCUCCGCGAUGACUACAUCCUUGUCAAAGUCGUAAGCGUCGGCCUUAAUCCCACUGACUGGAAACACGUCAAAUAUCUCUCUGGGCCCGGUGCCCUAGUAGGAUGUGACUAUGCGGGCAUCGUCGAAGAAAUCGGUUCAGCAGUAACAAAGGGGUUUAAGAAAGGCGAUCGCGUCUGCGGCAUCACACACGGCUCUAACGACUCAAACCACGAAGAUGGCUGCUUCGCAGAGUACAUCGUCGCAAAGGCGCACGGUCAAUGGAAGAUUCCGCCAAACCUUUCCUUCGAAGAGGCUGCCACCUUAGGCGUCGGCAUAGUCACCGUCGGCCAGGCGCUGUACCAGGCGCUGAAGCUCUCUCCGCCGCAAGCCAAGCCUGUUCCUAACGGUAUCCCGCUGCUUAUAUAUGGUGGGUCGAGUGCGACAGGGACUUUGGCUAUCCAGUUUGCGAAGUUAUCUGGCUAUAUAGUUAUCACUACGUGCUCUCCGCAUAACUUUGACCUUGUGCGUGGGCUGGGCGCGGACAGCGUGUACGACUAUAAACACUCGGAGGCCGCGGCUCAGAUCCGCAAAGCGACGGGUGACCAGCUGAAGUUUGUCCUGGAUUGUAUUGGGACUGAGGAUGGGGCGGACUUCUGUGACAACGCUAUGUCGACGGAGGGAGGGAGAUAUACCUCUAUCACAGGGUCGAAGACGAAGCGCGAGAAUGUUGUUGAUUCGGGGACUCUGGGCUACACUGCUGUGGGCGAGGCGUUUAGGAAAUUUGGGCGCGAGUUUCCACCUAUUCCAGAGGAUGCAGCUCAUAUCGCUGCUUUCAUUAAUUUGAUGGAGCCUCUUCUUGCCCAGGGGAAAAUUAAGACUCACCCUGUCAGAGUUGGGAAAGGAGGGCUAUAUGGUGUUUUGGAGGGCUUGAAGCUUAUGGAGAAGGGCAAGGUUAGUGGGGAGAAACUAGUUUAUAAUAUCGCUGAUACCGCUUGA